UCUCUUCCAAGACAGUAGAGAAGCAGCAAGAUGAAAUUUAUGUCCUGGGUGCCUUUGAUGUUGUUGAAUGACAGUAUUAUUUGCAGGUCUGCACUCUGCCCACCCGAGCACACAUGGGCAGCCCGUGGAGACGGCUCAGACCAAGUUUGAGAUGUUCUCCCUCAGCGGCACGUUUGGCACCAGCUACGUCUUCCCAGAAGUGCUGUACAGCGGGGUGCAGCUGGCCCCCGGGGAGUUCGAGGUGCUAGCUGAUGGACGUCUGAAAAAUCGGAAUACUACAUCAAAGCCAGUUUUGAGUGUAACACUCUAUGGGAGGUGGUAUGAAAAGGACCCUCCAUCCACAUAUCAAGCUUCAGCAUGAUUUCACUGCAGAUCCUUCAAUCUUUCAUCUGCUUGUUUCUGUAAUGCUAAUUAAUCACAAAUAACGGUAAUUCAUAGUAGUAUUCAUAAUUAAAAUGGCAUUCUGUUCCUCAGUUUGCCUUAUCUCACAGCACAGUUACUGCACUUUGAUUUAUUGACUUGAUUUUGCAGCAAAAAUCAAUAGGAUCUUGGACUGUUGUGUGUAUGUAUUUUUAUAUGGUAGAUUUGGUUUGCCUUCACAUUGGGAACACUAGAAAAUACAUUCCUCUGAUUUUAGUGGUGUAGGAUUCAGUGGGUUGUGCCCCAAUAAUAAACAGCUUUUAAUUAUUUGAAGUUUUUGUUGGAGUAUUAGCAGCCAUUUCCACAACACUGUUUCCAUCCCGUUUCUGAACAGCCACUUUUGUAAACAAGAGAUUACCAGAACCUUUGAAGAUUCUAACUUCCUUUGAAAAGGAAAACAAGCCUAAGAUCCAUGUACCUUCAAAAAACAGUUAUUCAGCUCAGGACACUGCAGUGUGUUAUCAACCAUGAUAUGUACUUCAUGAGAGAGGAGUCUGCUUUAAUCUUUCUGGCCACAGUUUCAGGAUGUGGAAAAUCACCCUAGCACAGAAUUGUUGAUAACUGUUUGUGUCACAAAUGCUGAAAACAAGCAAUUUCUCAGGAGCAUGUCUGUCUUCCCAUGGAGUGGUGGCUCCUACCGGUGCUAGGGAGAGCCGGGACUGUGUCAGCAGGUGUUGGGUAAGGGGAGUGAAGAGCUGGAGCAGGGGGGACACGCUGACACGUGUGAGGAUGUGGGUCCUGCAGACUGUAUUUGUUAGGCAAGUGGACUGGAGUGCUUUGUGUUUCCCGGCUAAGAUUUCUAUGUGUGCCUAAUUCUGUUGUUUGUUCUGCAGGUUUGCUCUGAAGCACAAACAUUAAAAUUAAUCUGACCAACAACAUUAAAAAAUUGAUUUG